UUUCUGGAUCUCUGGAAGCAUCUAUAGCCGCUCACCCUCCCACCCGGGAGUCUGAGCCCCGGCCGGGUGCCCCUGCGGAGACCCUGCCCAGAGGCCCCAGGAUGGUCCAGGAGCUGAGGCCAGCACCAUGUCUGCAGAGCAGCCGGGAGGAGGACGGACCAGACCUCACCGGCGCAGGCAUGAGCCAUGAGCCCAAGUCCCCUUCGCUAGGGAUGCUUUCCACCGCGACCAGGACCACCGCCACCGUCAACCCCCUCACCCCCUCGCCGCUCAAUGGCGCCCUGGUGCCCAGCGGCAGCCCCGCCACCAGCAGCGCGCUGUCGGCCCAGGCCGCGCCGUCUUCCAGCUUUGCCGCCGCGCUGCGCAAGCUCGCCAAACAGGCGGAGGAGCCCAGAGGGUCCUCACUGAGCAGCGAGUCGUCCCCCGUUUCCUCUCCGGCCACCAACCACAGCUCCCCCGCCAGCACACCCAAGCGUGUGCCCAUGGGCCCUAUCAUCGUCCCCCCUGGGGGCCACAGCGUGCCCAGCACACCCCCAGUGGUGACCAUCGCCCCAACCAAAACCGUCAAUGGCGUCUGGAGGAGCGAGAGCCGGCAGGACGCCGGCUCCAGGAGCAGCAGUGGCGGUCGGGAACGCCUCAUUGUGGAGCCCCCGCUCCCCCAGGAGAAGGCAGGGGGCCCAGCCAUCCCCUCGCACCUGCUCAGCACCCCCUACCCCUUCGGCCUCUCCCCGAGCUCGGUCGUGCAGGAUUCCCGCUUCCCGCCACUCAACCUCCAGCGGCCUGUGCACCACGUGGUGCCCCCCAGCACCAUGACCGAGGACUACCUGAGAAGCUUCCGGCCCUACCACACCGCUGACGACCUCCGCGUGUCCUCACUGCCUCCCCUAGGCCUGGACCCGGCCACCGCCGCAGCCUACUACCACCCCAGCUACCUGGCCCCGCACCCCUUCCCCCAUCCGGCCUUCAGGAUGGAUGACUCCUACUGCCUGUCCGCCCUGAGAUCCCCGUUCUACCCCAUCCCCACCCCUGGCUCCCUGCCCCCACUGCACCCGUCAGCGAUGCACCUUCACCUCUCCGGGGUCCGCUACCCCCCCGAGCUCUCCCACUCAUCCCUGGCGGCGCUGCACUCGGAGCGCAUGUCCAGCCUCAGUGCGGAGAGGCUGCAGAUGGACGAGGAGCUGAGGCGGGAGCGUGAGCGUGAGCGUGAGCGCGAGGCUGACCGCGAACGGGAGAAGGAGCGUGAGCGUGAACGGGAGGAGCGUGAGCAGGAGAAGGAGCGGGAGCGAGAGCGGGAGCUGGAGCGCCAGCGGGAGCAGCGGGCCCGGGAGAAGGAGCUGCUGGCCGCCAAGGCCCUGGAGCCCGCCUUCCUGCCUGUGGCCGAGCUGCACGGGCUGCGUGGCCAUGCCACUGAGGAGCGGGCCAAGCCCUCGGAGCAGCUGACCCCAACCCGAGCAGAAAAGCUGAAGGAUGCCGGCCUGCAGGCGCCCAAGCCCGUGCAGCACCCCUUGCAUCCGGUGCCCACCGCACACCACGCGGUGCCCAGCCUCAUUUCCAACCAUGGCAUCUUCUCUCUGCCAAGCAGCAGCGCUGCCACGGCCCUGCUGAUCCAGCGCACCAACGAGGAGGAGAAGUGGCUGGCGCGGCAGCGGCGGCUGCGGCAGGAGAAGGAGGAUCGGCAGUCUCAGGUGUCGGAGUUCCGGCAGCAGGUGCUGGAGCAGCACCUGGACAUGGGCCGGCCCCCAGUACCUGCAGAGGCGGAGCACAGGCCCGAGAGCACCUCCAGGCCAGGACCGAACCGUCAUGAGCCAGGUGGCCGUGACCCUCCGCAGCACUUUGGGGGGCCACCACCUCUGAUUUCACCCAAGCCCCAGCUCCACACUGCACCUACAGCCCUCUGGAACCCCGUGUCCCUGAUGGACAACACCUUGGAGACACGGCGCCCUGAGAGCCACCCUCUGCACAGCCACCCGGCUGCAUUUGAGCCUAGCCGCCAGGCAGCCAUACCACUGGUGAAGGUGGAGCGGGUCUUCUGCCCAGAGAAAGCGGAAGAGGGGCCACGGAAGCGUGAGCCUGCCCCCCUGGACAAGUACCAACCACCUCCGCCACCACCACCACGAGAGGGAGGGACCCUGGAACACCAGACCUUCCCACCCGGGCCUGGGCCCUUCCUUGCUGAGCUCGAGAAGUCCACCCAGACCAUCUUGGGCCAGCAGCGGGCCUCCCUCCCACAGACAGCCACCUUCGGGGAGCUCAGCGGACCCCUGAAGCCUGGCUCGCCCUACCGGCCCCCAGCACCACGGGGCCCUGACCCUGCCUACAUCUACGAUGAGUUCCUGCAGCAGCGCCGGAGGCUGGUCAGCAAGCUGGACCUGGAGGAGCGCAGGCGGCGGGAGGCCCAGGAGAAAGGGUACUACUACGACCUCGAUGACUCUUACGAUGAGAGCGAUGAGGAGGAGGUCAGAGCCCACCUCCGCUGCGUGGCCGAGCAGCCGCCCCUCAAACUGGACACGUCCUCCGAGAAGCUAGAGUUUUUGCAACUUUUUGGCUUGACCACCCAACAGCAGAAGGAGGAAUUGGUGGCCCAGAAGCGGAGGAAGCGGCGGCGGAUGUUGAGAGAGAGAAGCCCGUCACCCCCCACGGUUCAGAGCAAGCGGCAGACGCCUUCACCAAGACUGGCGCUGUCCACCCGCUACAGCCCUGAUGAGAUGAACAACAGUCCCAACUUCGAAGAGAAGAAGAAGUUCCUGACCAUCUUCAACCUGACCCACAUUAGCGCCGAGAAGAGGAAAGACAAAGAGAGACUUGUUGAAAUGCUCCGUGCCAUGAAGCAGAAGGCACUGUCACCAGCAGUGGCCGGCUCCUUGACAAACUCUCCGAGGGACAGUCCUGCCGUCUCCCUGAGUGAACCAGCCACGCAGCAAGCCUCUCUGGACAUGGACAAGCCGGUUGGUGUUGCUGCUUCCUUGUCUGACGUCCCAAAGGCCGCGGAGCCUGGGAAGCUGGAACAGGUCCGGCCCCAGGAGCUGUCAAGAGUCCAGGAGCUAGCUCCUGCCAGUGCGGAGAAGGCCAGGCUGAGUGAGGGCCCUGGAGGCAAGAAGAGCCUGAGCAUGCUUCACUACAUCCGGGGCACUGCACCCAAGGACAUUCCUGUGCCGCUGUCUCACAGCACCAAUGGGAAGAGCAAGCCAUGGGAGCCCUUUGUGGCGGAAGAGUUUGCCCAUCAGUUCCACGAGUCAGUGCUGCAGUCCACCCAGAAGGCCCUGCAGAAGCAUAAAGGGAGCGUGGCUGUGCUAUCCGCAGAGCAGAACCAUAAGGUCGACGCGUCUGUCCACUACAACAUUCCCGAGCUACAGUCCUCCAGCUGUGUCCCUCCACCCCAACACAAUGGGCAGCAGGAGCCCCCCACUUCAAGGAAGGGCCCCCCAACGCAGGAGGUGGACCGGGACUCGGAGGAGGAGGAGGAAGAGGAUGAAGAUGGAGAAGAGGAUGAAGAAACCCCCAGGCGCAAGUGGCAAGGGAUUGAGGCCGUUUUUGAAGCUUACCAGGAACACAUAGAAGAGCAAAAUCUGGAGCGGCAGGUGUUGCAGACGCAAUGCAGACGACUGGAGGCCCGGCACUACAGUCUCAGCCUGACGGCAGAGCAGCUCUCCCACAGUGUGGCGGAGUUGAGGAGCCAGAAACAGAAGAUGGUCUCAGAACGCGAGCGGCUCCAGGCGGAACUGGACCACUUACGAAAGUGCCUUGCCUUGCCUGCAAUGCACUGGCCUAGGGGCUACCUGAAGGGAUACCCCAGGUGACGGUUUCCCUUGCACUAGGCCGAACCUAUAGUAUAGAAAUAUUAUCUAUUUUAUUACCUUGAAUAUUUAAUAUUUUUCACUGGGAGGUUUGAAGCUUAAAAAAUGAGAAUGUGCCAUGCAUGAAGCAAAGGAUUCCAGGCUCCAGAAAAAGAAUGAACUCACCUUGACUUCAUUGCAACUGAAUCACCUUUGUCAUUCAGCGAGCAACCAAUGUAGGAUGCCAUAGUUUCUUUUCACAGGCGGUUUUAGUUCUUCCUCUCCCACAUUGUUUUUUAAUCUGAACAUGAAGGCUUCAUUACCAACACUAAAACUUUAUGAUUUACAGCCCCCUGUGCAUAUGAGCGGAUCACACCGGUUCUGUUCUUGUGUUGCCACGUUACUAUGCCUCAAGCCAAGUCUGCUUUUGCGGCAGUGAUGGGGUCAGUCUCAUUCCUCCCCAGGAGUGAAACUUGCUUCACUGUAAAGAAGGUUGGGUGCAUUGUAAGUAAAAAGGGCUUAUUUGUUUCAUUUACGUUCCUGCAAAAUUUUCUUCAAAGCAACAAGUCCUAGGAGCACACAAAGCAACCCAAAGGCUUUUCCCUGGAAAAGCUCUUACCUAAAGAGAAAAUGAAUUCACAAACUGAAGGUACCUUUUUAUUACUCCGUGGGGAGCAUGUACAGAGCUCUGUGGAUACACAGCUUCACACCCACCAGAUUGUUACUACAGUGGGUGGGGUUUUCAUACAGACGUAAAUUUUGAGAGAAAAGUCAAAGGUGCUUCAGCCUUGUACUGUGUAUAUAUAUUAAAAAACAAAGUUUUGUAUGUUUUUAUUACUUUAACUAUUGUUAUAAAAAGCCUGCCAUUUUUAAUAUGUGGUUUGGGGGAUUUUUGUUUGUUUUUUCCUGUUGGGGGUUUUGUUUGUUGUUUUGUUUUUUUUGGGCAAAAAAAAAACCCCUUGCUUUUAGUGUUUGUACUGCUGCUGGUCAGGACAUUAAAAUAUUGAAGUGUUUUUAAAAAUUAAAGAAGAAGCAAAGUAAAAGAGCUUACCACUGGCGCCUGUGCGAUCACUUCAUUUUUAGCCUGAGUUGCACCAGAAGCUACCGUAGAAAGCCAUGGGCCCCUGCUUACCUCCUCCACUCCCCCUUCCCCACCCCCAGCAUCAGGACAAGCUAGUAUCACCCACUGCUAUCAAGGGGAGGGGGUAAUCUGCAGAACCUGUGUGUAACAACCAUGUGCACGCAUGGGCGGGGGCUUUUAAAAGCCUUCGAGAAACGAAAUGAUUUCUGCGAUAGAAUCUAAGGUGUCUGAGAGCAGGUACAGAAUACGAACGGCAGAGGCUUUAAAUGCAAAGCUUUGUAAAAGCCUAAAGUAGGGCAAACAAGGUCUGAGCUGAACCCCUCCUUUUUGAACUUACUGUGACAAGCACAGGAACGGCCAGAACCUGGGCUCCUCACCCCAAGGCAAAGCACUAGGCGCAUCCUUCUCCCAGCUGCUGCUUGUGGUAGUACUGUGGAGAUCACAAAGGCAUCUCUUGUUCUCGUGGGCCCUCGCCACUGACUGGUCCAGGGGUGGAGUCCUGAGCUCCGGGCAGGAUGCCUGACCUGUGUGCUGGCUGCUCCGCACGGAGACCAGCAGCCAAGCCCUUGGCCCCAGCCCUUGCUGUGCAGAACAGCUUGCUGGCAGCCUGUCACUUUAUCUGCCCCCACACAGUUUGCUUUGUAAGUCUGCCAAGAAUCUUCCAGUUAUUAGCAAACUCAAAUAAAUGUACCACCAGUAUGAGCAGCAGUCAGCAAGCGCCUUGCUCUGCACAGAAGCAGCUGGAAGAGAACUCGGACUGUGCUACAUGUAGGCCUCCCCACAAAAGACCACGGGGAGGUCAGCAUGUUCCACAGGUGUUCAGAGGGAGUCCGCUACCAACAAUCAGGACAAAAAUCUUACUGGAUUUCUCCACUGAAAACCUGCUUGAGGUUUCUGGUCUGAAGGCUUAGGAGUCACACCUUAGCACUUCCACUCUGAGGCCUCCCCCUCCAUCACAGAUGUCUCAAUGCUUUUGCUACUUAGCUUUGUUAAGGGCCUUGGCUGAAGUAAAAGGGAAACACAGAUCCGAUAACUUAAAAACACAGCCCAUCCCUUACCAUCGAAGGAGCGCUCCCUUGGUGGCCUUUUCUGUGACAGCACAGGGGGCAGGUGGCACAUUCAGAGGUCUGCCCGGGGAGGAGAGCAGUGUCCCUGUAGCUAGCAAUAGCUGCCUUCUGCCCAGCCCUCAAGCUUCUCUCCUACUGUCUCCCCAUCCUUCCACCUACUAUGGUGAUCUCCAAGUACUCUUACUCAAGUAAUACGACAAUCAGAAUACAAACCAGUAAGACAACACAAAUCAGCUAAGAAAAAGCUAAGAAGCCUCUCUCAAAAAUGAAAGCACACCACUAAGACACAGCACCCAGUCACAGCUCUCCCAUCCGCCAAUUACUUCCAUACUUCGCAAACUUGCUCAACAGUAGAAUCCAAAUCUGUUUUCAGCUGGGCUCUGAAGCUUUUUGUUCAGCUCUUUUGUGUUGAGUACGUCAAAUCCACUCUGGAGCGGAUUAUGCCACUUGUGUGUCAGGCUGUCCAUGAAGCCCUCAGCUUGGUCCCUUUGACCAUCUUCCUCUGUUACCUGGAAGGCAGCUGCCAUCUAUCCUCCACAGAGGGAUACCUUCUAAUAGUCAAUUAGCUGGUUUCUCGUUGAAACCAUUUAUUACUCUUGUUUCAUAUAAUCAGAGCCAGACUGACACAAAAUACCAUGUUCCUAAUCCAAUGUCUCAGAUAUGCGAACGAGACAGUCUUGUCCACGCUGUAGUCUAUAUUCUAACCGCAAAGGAACAAAGCACUGAAUCGGCACUAACAUUUGGAUAGGUUGUACCCCUAAGAGAAUUCAGAGAGUAUCUCAAGGAGCCCACACCUGCAGCAGCAAAGGAUUCUGACACACGGAAUCCAGUUUGUAGCCGAAUGGUAUUUUCUUCAAGCUCAUAAUACUGCCAAAUCUCAAAAAUUAAGCUGAAUUUCAAACCAGAUACUCCCCUUUCCCUGAGCCACACGUUUCACCCAAGUGUAGAAAAUUCCAGGGAUCUACCACAAAAUGGAGAUGGUCAACACAACUGAUUCUGUUGCUCUUUCAACUGUGUAUUAGCCACUUAGCAGUCUCUAUACUCUUUCAAGUAACCAAGCUGUUGACUUUCUUACUACUUGCAGUAGCCUGUCCCCAACUUUUCAAUGCAGUGCUUAACCUAAAAAAAACUCCUUAAACUCUGCCUUGACCUGAGGAAGACCAUGCUCAUUGGUGUUGUUUUGUACGUACCCUGUGCUUAAUUCUAGAACAGUAAACCCAUACGCAGGUGGGAGGGAGGAACACCGGUGCCUCGGUCACUCUGGGGGCAGUUUAGAUGCUGUGAAAUUAAACCUGUUCUAAGUGUACUUGUUUGAAUUAAUUGUAUUGUAAUAUUAUUUGUUGAAUGUAGUAAUUAGGUAUUUAUGAAUAUAUUGCUGUAAUUUCUGACAACAUCCAAAAAAUAAAAUCUUCCUAAAUCAUG